AUGUCUGGUCUGCAGUUUCAAAGUUUUACCAACGCCGACUUCAGCGCCAGCGAUCCGAAUCCUGGGCAGAUUGGGGAUAAAACUGAAGCUACCUCGGAUCCGUCGGCGGGCCCGAAGCGCAAUUUCUUCUCGUUCGGCUACUACCAACAAUUCUUUGACGUUGACGCCGACCAGGUGACGAAGCGUUUGCUGAACAGUGCCAUCCCCACCCACAACAGUUUUAUCGCCGACUUCAUCCAGCCCGUGCCUGACCUUUACGGUCCGUUCUGGGUGGCGGUGACGCUGGUCUUCUCCAUCGGCAUCUUCUCCAAUAUCGCCCAGUACAUCGAGAAUGAGGGCGGCACCGGGGAGUACGGCUCCGAUUUUGGAAUGGUAACCGGUGCCUCUUCGUUGAUAACUGCCUACUUGGUGCUCAUCCCGUUGAUCCUCUACUCGAUUAUCUGGUAUCGAAAAAGCGAGGUUCAAUUCUCGUACUUUGAGAUCUUGUGCGCCUACGGCUACAGUCUCACCGUGUUCAUCCCAGUUUCUUUCCUCUGGAUCAUCGACAUCGGCAUGCUGCGCUGGGCGCUGAUUGGCGUGUCGGUGACACUAUCGGGCACGGUGCUGGUCAAGGCGCUCUGGCCAGCCUUCAAGAACGACUCCAACAAGCUCUUGUCGUUCGGCGUCACGUUUGGCAUCAUCUUCUUGCACUUCGUUCUGGCCCUGUGCUUCAAGGAAUACUUCUUCGACCCGAUCCACGGCCGCCCCUCCACGCCCGUCGUCGUCCCGACCGAAAAGCCGGCCGACGUGAUCCCGACGCUCCCGGCCAGUGUCGCUUCGUUGCCCGGCAAAGUUGAGGAGCCAGCGAAGCCAAAAACCGAGGGCCAGCUCGCCGCCAACGUGGCCAACACGCUCGCCGCGGCCGGCGAGGUCGCCAAGGCUGCCGAGAACAAGACGAACGUCGAUGCGGUUCCCUCACCUUCUACGACACUCUUCUCGCCGGUGGUGGUGAAGAACGACACCGAGGUGAAGAAGGACGAGACGAAGGCUGAACCUGCCGCCGUCGCGCAG